CCACAAACCACAAUUAGAUCUCGUUUCCUCAUAAUAUGGCAACAAAAAUACUCGUCAUUGGCGGUACUGGCUUGUUUGGAGGCCAUGCUGCGCUAUACCUUCGAUCCAAAGGAAGCAUUGUCACUAUCGCUGGACGUAAAGAGCCCAGCAACGUUGCUGCGUUGUCCGAGCUUCCUUUCAUCCAAGGAGACUAUUUAAACGGGGAGUUCAGCUCAGAAAUUCUCUCCAAAUUCGACGCAAUAAUCUUUGCGGCCGGCAGCGACGUUCGGCAUGUGCCUGAGGGACAGAAUGCCGAUGAGCACUACCUCCAAGCCAACGGCCAGGCCAUACCAAACUUCGCGAAGCUCGCCAAACAGGCUGGAGUCAGGAAGUUUGUUCACAUCGGCAGCGCCUACCCAAAUAUCAUACCGGAGUCCAUCCCGACUAGCCCAUACGUACGAUCUAGAAGGCUUGCUACAGAUGCAAUGAAGUCGCUAGCUGGACCUGAGUUCCAUAUUUGCAGUCUAGAUGCGCCCUUCAUCGUUGGGAACGUUCCAGGCAUGGUUGUACUAAUGUUCCGGGCUUAUAUCGAUUACGCCAAAGGAAAAUUGCCCAUCCCUCUCUUCGCUACACUUGGGGGACUGAACUUCAUUUCUCUUACUUGGGCGUGGGUGGAUAUAGAGAACACUGCUGAUAAUCGCGCCAGGUCAAAAACAUGAACACACUUGGCCCACAUUGACUCGAAGUUGUAUCAUAGUGUAGACUAUGUCAUCCUGUUAACUUACCAGAAUGAACCAUCAGUAUGGUUGGUAAUCAGACAGUUCUCUUGAAAAAUUGGAUCAUAACUUAUGCCGGUCAUUUGACUGCUGCAUUUGUCAGCUUAAGC